AUGGAAAUGCAAAAGGAGAGGAAGUUCUCGAUAGCAAGCAGAAGUAUUAGGCGAAAGCCCACCUUUUGGGAGAAGGUCAAAAGGCUUAUUUUCUUCCCUUUCUCGUUCUACAAGAGAAAAAAGAAAACUCUGUACAGAAUAGCGGCCUUCAACGCGACCCUGCAUCUUAUAGAAACCAAAGCGUACUUGAGCAGCCAGAUGUUUAUAAGCCUGCACGUAAACCCGGCCCUUCUGGACAGCUUCAAAAAGUUCCACUCUGUGGACUACAGCAUGUACACAGGAAACGAAGUCUUUAGCUUUCUCAAGCUGCAUUUGCUGAAGUACUUGGGAGGGCUUCCCAGAAAGUCCUUUUUAAAGUCUAUGCUCUGCCCGAGCUACAGGAAAGAAGAAAUUCCCAAGAUCUUGAACAAGCUGUACGAAGACUGCGAUAUCUACGAGAUCCGGGUCAUUCAGAGCCUGCUCUGCCUGAUGGUGUGGGCGCACAAGAGCUCGUCCGCCAACAACAUGAACGAGCUCUACCUGAUGAACACCUUUAUCCCGCUCUUCUUCGGCCAAAGAAGAAUCAAAAACCUAAAGAAGAAGAGCCAGAAAGAUUACCAUCUGCUUGUAGGCAGGUGGAGUGAUGUGCUAAAAUACCUCCCCAAAGGAACCAUGCAGUGA